UCGACAUCAGCUGAGUUUGCAUGAAGUGCCAUCCUUGUAUUUAAAAUACAGGAAUUUUUCAUAACGUUAAAUUACGUUAAAUAGCAUUUUAUGAAGUAACGUAUAACAGCUGUGAGCCAAUGAAAUAACUGUCAUCUGUCGUAACCACAGAAACAGGGCAGAGGCAAAGGAGAAAUAACAUUACAUCAAACCCGGCAAACAAAGAGGUCCUUUUUUCAACGACAACAUUUUUCCUCCAUAUUCUAUAGUUAUGAGUCAUGUGGCCGUCGAAAAUGCCCACGGUCUAGAGCAGCAGCUUGCUGUCCUAGACUUGAGUGCAGCAGACGGACAAGGUGGAGGCACUAACAGGCGAUACAUUCCUCCACAUUUACGGAACAAAGACGCUUCCAAAAAUGCAGGAAAUGCCUUUGCUGCUGGUCGACAAGGUGUCUACACCAUGGCGCCUCCAGCCAACUAUGGUUGGGAUGGGGGGCGCAACAACUUUGUUAAUGGCUACCAUGACAACCGGAUGACGGGCAACUCAUUUAACCGGGGCCCACCUCGUAUGGAGCGGGGCAGAGGUGGCGUCGGAGGAGGUGGUUACCGUGGCAACAGGGGAGGAUCCUUCAAUCCCAUUAACCCAGCGCAACCAAUGGGAUUUGGUGGCUACGAAAAUAAAGACGCCAGCGGCUGGAACACGAACAAGGAUGCCUACAGCAGUUUUGGAAACAAUCGAGGGAAGUCUGCAUUCUUCAAUGACAGAGGCAAUGCGAACAGAGGGAGGUUCGAGCAUGGUGGAUUUGGUGGUGGAGGAGGAGGAGGAAACAGCCGCUGGGUGGAAGAGUCCAGAGAUGACGGAGACUGGUCCAAACCAACACCACGUAACGAACGCCUUGAACAUGAGUUGUUCUCUGGCAGUAACACUGGGAUUAAUUUUGAGAAAUACGAUGACAUUCCUGUUGAAGCCACAGGACAGAACUGCCCUCACCACAUUGAGAGUUUCCAAGAUGUGGACAUGGGUGAGAUUGUCAUGGGUAACAUAGCUCUGAGUCGCUACACCAGACCAACGCCUGUCCAGAAAUAUGCCAUUCCUAUUGUCAAGUCAAAGAGAGACCUCAUGGCCUGCGCACAGACAGGUUCUGGGAAGACUGCGGCAUUCCUGCUGCCGAUUCUCAGCCAAAUCUACACUGAUGGACCAGGAGAAGCUCUUAAUGCAGUUAAAUCCUCUGGACAGGAGAAUGGGAAGUAUGGGCGUCGUAAGCAGUACCCCAUCUCUCUGGUACUGGCUCCAACCAGAGAGCUGGCAUUGCAAAUAUACGAUGAAGCCAGGAAGUUUUCCUACCGGUCCAGAGUGCGUCCCUGUGUUGUGUAUGGAGGAGCAGAUAUUGGCCAGCAGAUCAGAGAUCUGGAGAGAGGCUGCCACCUGCUGGUGGCCACACCGGGAAGACUGGUAGACAUGAUGGAGAGGGGCAAGAUUGGACUGGACUACUGCAACUACCUGGUCCUGGAUGAGGCAGAUCGUAUGUUGGACAUGGGCUUUGAACCGCAGAUAAGACGCAUCGUCGAACAAGACACCAUGCCGCAUAAAGGCAUCCGACAAACCAUGAUGUUCAGUGCUACCUUUCCUAAAGAGAUCCAGAUUCUGGCCAGGGAUUUCCUGGAGGAGUACAUUUUCCUGGCAGUGGGCAGGGUGGGUUCCACCUCAGAGAACAUCACUCAGAAAGUGGUGUGGGUGGAAGAGAGCGAUAAGAGGUCUUUCCUCCUGGACCUGCUUAGUGCUACAGUCAUCCCCAGCGAGGUACAGGACAAUACUGGAGACAACAUAGAGAAACCUGGUAAGGACUCGUUGACUCUGGUUUUUGUGGAGACCAAGAAAGGUGCUGAUGCCUUGGAGGACUUCCUGUACCGGGAGGGCUACGCAUGCACCAGUAUCCAUGGCGACCGCUCCCAGAGAGACCGAGAGGAGGCCCUGAACCAGUUCAGAUCAGGAAAAUGCCCCAUUCUGGUGGCCACAGCGGUAGCGGCUCGGGGUCUAGACAUCUCCAAUGUGAAACAUGUUAUUAACUUUGACCUGCCCAGCGACAUAGAGGAGUAUGUCCACCGUAUUGGACGUACAGGACGAGUCGGAAACCUGGGACUUGCCACAUCGUUCUUCAAUGAUAAGAACGGGAACAUCACUAAAGACCUGCUGGACAUCCUAGUAGAGGCCAAACAGGAAGUGCCCUCAUGGCUUGAGAGCCUGGCCUAUGAACACCAGCAUAAGAGCAGCAACAGAGGACGCUCUAAGAGGUUCUCUGGAGGCUUUGGAGCACGUGAUUAUCGCCAGACCGCUGCUGGAGCCAACACUGGAGGGUUUGGAGGACGAGGAGGUCGCAACCAGGCAGGACAUGGAGGAACCCGUGGCUUCGGAGGAGGUGGUUUUGGUAACUUCUACACCAGUGAUGGCUACGGAGGCAACUACUCACACUCUCAAGUUGACUGGCGUCAGUGUGUUAAUGCUGUCACGGGGGAGCUUCUGGCCAAUCAGAAAUGAGGAUCCAUCCUGCUGUCUUUUACGUUAGUGACAUGCUUUUUUUUCUCUUUUUUUUUUAAUUGCAACUUGCAGCUGAUCCAUGGCUCUUCAUCUGUCUUGCAUGACAAGAAUAAUGUCAUUAAUUCCACUUUGCACAAACACUCAGUUAUACUGGGACAAAUCCAUUUGUCCAAUGACUGGAGCCUCAGUGGACCAGAAAGCAAUGGAGCCAAAGUAAAUCCACGAUCAUUGACAGAUCGAACACAUGGCACACAGGCAAAUAAUCACAUUUUACAGCCUCUUGUGUGCAAUAACACAAAGUUUUGUGACAAUAAGUUCAUGGCUCUUCUGUAGUUGUUGUCAAAUGGCACUCUGGGAUGCAACGUACACAAAAAAACACUUCACGGCUUCAUUUCACUUUCAAUGUGAUUAACUUUAGAAGGUGAUCUAUUGAGGAAUGAUUGCUGUUUAGAGAGAGAUCUGAAUUGAAAUGGAGCCCAGUGUCGUCACCAUUACUGACUGGCCAGAUCCCCUUAAUGUGGACACACAGCAGCACUGGCCUGGUAGUUAGUAUUUGCUUUAUGUAUUAGUUUAGCAGUUGUGCACGAAGAGGAGCACUGCACGAAGAAAAAAAACUGUGCAUAUAUUCUGAUUUUACCACAAAUAAAGGUUUGGAUUUGCAAAUGUAA